AAGGGUUCAAAUAUCACGCAUCUAAUAAUAGCUAAUGAGCAUAAGCUACUCAUGCAUGCAGGUCAAAGAAUGAUUUUAUCAACUUUAAGCCAAAGGUAUUACAUUGUUAAUGGAUUAAGAGAAAUAAAAUGUGUUAUACAUAAAUGUAUUGUUUGUUUUAGGCUUAAGGCUAAAACAACGGAACAGCUGAUGGGUUCAUUGCCAUUUGAUAGGGUAAACCCUUGCCGUGCUUUUGAGAAAGUAGGUAUUGAUUAUGGGGGUCCCUUCUCAGUUAAGGCACACCGUAUCAGGAAACCAUUAAUUUAUAAGGCAUAUAUUCUCAUCUUUGUAUGCUUCGUCACAAAGGCGAUACACAUUGAGUUGGCUUCUAACAUGACCACAGAAUGCUUCCUGCAAUGUUUAAAAAGAUUUAUAAGCCGUCGUAACAGGCCAUCAAUAAUUUAUUGUGAUAAUGCAGCUACAUUCAAAGGGGCUAGCAACCAACUCAAUGAUUUAUAUUCAAAUCACUCUAAAAAGGAGCACCAAGAUACAGUGCAUAGAUUUGCAAGUGACUUAGGUAUUGAAUUUAAUUUUAUACCGGCAUAUUCACCAGUGUUCGGAGGUUUAUGGGAGGCUGGCAUAAAAAGUGCUAAAUUUCAUAUGAAAAGGGUUAUAGGCAACCAAGUACUCACUUAUGAGGAGUUAAACUCUGUAAUAAUACAAAUAGAGGGUGUAUUAAACUCAAGACCACUCAUCGCCUUACCAGCUACUGACACCACUGAUAUGGCCUAUUUAACUCCUAGUCAUUUUUUAACAGGAGCUGCUAUGACUUCUAUACCUGAACCUGAUGUGAAAGAUAUACCCAUUAAUAGAUUAUCUUUCUGGAAACAAUGUACAAAAAUGAUACAAUGUUUUUGGAAGGCAUGGCACAAGCAGUAUCUUGUGCAACUACAGAACAGGCCCAAGUGGCGUUCUGAUAGGCCUAACUUAGAAGUAGGUACUUUAGUAAUAGUAAGGGAAGAUAACUUACCUCCAUUACAGUGGAAAAUGGCUCGCAUUGUAGAAGUGUAUCCUGGUACAGAUGGCAAGGUUAGGGCACUCACUGUUAUUAACAGCAAAGGCACUAAAAUGCGAACGAGUGUGCAUAAGGUUUGUGUGUUGCCUAUAGAAUAAGUUAUCUGAUAUCUGCUUACUUGAUUCUGUCACUCAGCUCGAUCUAGAGGUAAUUUAAAUUCUUAUCAUACAUGGUAUAGAAUAAGCUAAUUGUUAGUAGGUAUAAUUAAGCAUAUUUAAUCGUUAGUUAAGUUGUACUAAGUACUUACCUAAACUUAUGCUGUGUUAACAGUUGAUUAAAUUUAAUAAUAAUUAAUUAUUUAAGCAGGUUCUUAUGUAGCCAUCUAUAGAAAUGUAUAACCUAAGAUAAUUAAAAUAAAUAGGAUUAAUGAACUGUACUCAACAUAAGUAUUCUAUAGAUAUAAAGAAAAUGUAAGAAACUAUUGUUUACUGAUGAUAUUGUUACAAUUUCAUGUCAGCUAUCUACCUAUAUUGUUACAUAAAUGUAAUUUCAGUUUGGGAGCUUAAUUUUUUUGAUUUGUCAAACAAUUAUUGUUAUUUUUGCCUUGGGCCCCAAUUAUGUACAAUACAUGCACAUGAACAUAGAUUAGUUCCUAAUUCAGUCGCAUUAGAACCACCGUACUGUCAAUGUGUGUCUUUCUUUUAGUGAUUAAAACCUCAAUAUACAGUCCACUAUUUAAACUUAA